AUGAGGCGCUGGGCCUCCGCGCCAACAAGCCAAAAGACAGACUCCUUGUUCAUCCAACUCACGUACAACAUGGACAACUUCAGCAAUCCGGAAAUAUCACCAACCUAUCCAUACCCCCCAGCCCCACCAUUCCCAGACUUCCGCGCCUCCAACCUCCACAACCACAACCGCACUUACGGCCAUCCCACAAGACCUCCCCUCUUUACACACUUCAGACCCAUCAACACCGACCUCAGCUCCCUCCGACCCGCCCUUGAGCUAGCUUUCCACCCCCGCUCCUUCAUCGGCCACCACGCCGAGCGACAAUUCCUCAUCAACCAGCUGCAAGAAGCAGACCGAUGCUCAACGGAGUUGUUCCGGCAACUACCUCGGCUGGACGCGCAAAAGGUCGAAAAGGGGCACGAGCAGCUCCAGCGUCAGGGGCUGCGGCAGAGGAUCGCUGAGAGUGUAGACCGGGAGCGGGAGAUUUUGGCGAAGCUGGGCGAAGUGUGUGUUGAAAUCCAGUGUCGGGAUCGGUGGGAGAGGGCGAUGAUGGGGUUGUCGCCGUGGGGGCAGCGGGAGGUGCUGGAGCCAAGACAAGAGGUUCGGGGCCUAUCGGAGGUGGGCUUGGAACAGUCCGAGAUAGACGAUGAUGAGAUGCCGUCGAGAAUUCCGCCGGUAAUGGGUGGUGAUGCGCGAAAUUGGCCUGUGCAGAACGACCGUGAAGGUUGGCUUGGUCCGGGUGGGUUUGGCGAGAUGGGCUAUGCAGGAGGUGGAGGACUACAGGGGAUGGAGACUUUCCCAACAUUUUCAGGGGGUGAGUCGACUGGACAACCCGAGGUUGCUGAGCAAGGUGAAGAUUAUGAGGCUGAUUUGAGAGGAGGUGGAUAUUCGGAUCAGGUUGACACGUCUACGUUCACGGACGACAAGGCGGAGGAGCCCACGGUGGCAGGGAGACGGAGAAGCAUGCCUUCAGUGCAGUACACAUGGAGCGACCCAGGAGACCGGGAGGGUGGAGGUCACGAGUGUUUGGGUUAUGCUGGUGAUGAACGGGGCGGCUGA